UUCGUUUCUGGAAUAACAGCUGAUGCCAUAAUAUAAAUAGUGAGGUUGCAGCCAGCAGAUCCAGAAGUUAAACACAUCUUCAAAUCGACGUUUCAGAGGCUCCUUAGACACCAGACCACAAUCAACAUGAACGAGUGGGUCCCUUCCUUGUGGUUAGACAUCUUUGAUGAACUGCUGAAUGAUGACAAUGAGCUGGACUAUGGAGACGAGUGGACUCUCAACUUUAACUACAGUCAGACAGACAAAGUGACCAAAGAGGAGAGGAAGAGGGGCUGGAGAGUGUACAGCCACUGUGCCUAUGGAAGAUUUAAGUGUGGAUCCUGCAGCAAAACCUGGCCUUCUGCACGUGUGGUAUUAUUGUUUCGAUACCGGCUGCGGAAUGGUCGUGGCACAGUGAUCAUGCGGCCCUUUGGUCAGGCCUGUCGACGUUGCCAAGACGACGAGUUUGACCUCCCAGGUUUUGUAACAAAAGACGCAGAGCGAGCUUUGCUCAGGCUGUUUUCCAGGAUCCGGAAGAACUGCUACGGUGAGGAGGAUGAAGAUGGUGGCUCAUCAGCAUCCUCUACUAAAGUGUACACCAAACCCCAUGAAAAGACACUGUGUGAGGCCUGUCGAAUGGGGAUUUGCUGUCAGGAUGAUGAUGAUGAUUAAAAAUGUGUAUAUGUACAGGUUUAUGGAAGACAGAAAAAAAUCUGUUUUUUUUUUUUUUUAAUUUUAUUUAAUUUUUAAUGUUUUUAAUUGAAGUUAUGACAUGUUAACAAAUUGUUACUUGUUAAAACUUUUUGAUUAGCAAAGAGUUGUAUAAUCGCCUACUAUUCAUUUUCCACAUAUUAAACUUAUG